UGAGUUAAUUCUAUAGAGUGAUGCAAAACUUUUGAACAUAGUUGUACCUUCUCUGCCAUGGCUGUAAUUACAAAAUUACGGAUUAUGAAGAAAGCCUAUAUGGCCUACAGUAACUGUAUGAAAGAUGUGUGGCAUCUGUAGAGAUAGACGGACACAUUCAUUUUUACCCAGAUUCUUUGUACUCUCAGAAUGUCCAAACCAGUUUUAUUCAAAAUUGGGUAGGGCGUUCUCUAGAAGUAUCACCUACUCUCUGCAUCCCCCAGCAAAUUAAUAAUAAUUUCCUAGAGCAGAAAAUUACGGAUGGGUGUAGAGUUUAAUUUAGCCACAUCAUGACUUUUUUCAAAAAGUAUCUUUAUUGUGUGCAAAGUAGACUGCAGUUCCAUUGAAGUUACAUCAGAACAACAGUGUCUCCAACUACACUCCAUAAAAGUGCUCCCUAUAAAUUAUUUUCAACUUGAUUGAACAACACUGACCUUUGAAGUGCAUCCUAGAGCAUCCUACAUUUACACUGUCAACUGUUCUCAAAGAAACAAGGUGGCAACCCUUUCUAUUUUGUAUUCUGAAUCCAAAAAAAUGUGUUUAAAUGCAUAAACGUGUGAUGCUUUUCAGUUCUGCAGGACAUGGAAGUGAGGUAGUGUUUGGAGGAGUAGAUCCUACACACUACACUGGUGAAAUCCACUGGGUUCCAGUCACACCUGGAAGCCACUGGCAGCUUGUUAUAGAUAGUUUUGAGAUCGACCAUCAGGAGACUGGCUGGUGCAGUGGCGGAUGCUCAGCUAUCGUGGACACUGGUACCUCUCUCCUUACCUGCCCCCCACAAUUUGUUGACGAACUAUACCAGCAAAUUGGAGCUCAGGCCAACGAAUAUGGAGAUUACGUUGUAGACUGUAACAACCUGAACAACCUGCCCACCUUGACCUUUAUUAUGAAUGGAGCACAUUUACAUUUGGAGCCCUCUUUCUAUACCUUGGUGGUAAGUAAAAUACAGUAUCAUCCGUGACAGUCUACUAAUGCUGUCAAUGUACUGACAACUGAAAUUCUGUCUAACAUGUAUCCAUAUUCAGUUUCCUUUGGAGUAUUCUGGGUUCAUUGAUUCUGCUGUAGUGUAGUAAGAAGCAUGGCUAGUAUAAUGAAUAAUGUUUUGUAGCAAAGGUCCAUUCUAAGGAGAAUGCAA